AUGAUUAGUGAAGAUGAAUUGUUUGAAUAUUCAAUCUCUGAAACAACAGGAUCAGAAACCUAUUUGAACAAAUUAUUUGAUGAAACAUUGUCAUUGAUGAUGAAACAUUCAAAGGUUUAUCAAAUUGCAACUGAUGGAUCCCAAAAUUAUUAUUCAUUCAAGUUCCAAAGUCUUGGUGCUUGUUUGUUGGAUACUUAUGAAUUCACUAGAGAAGCAGAUCCUUCCUAUAAGAAGAAGGCAACAAUUGUUUCAAGAACUAAGGCUGCAAUCCCUUCAACAUCCUCUAAUGAUGUUGUUCCUUCUGAAAAACUCCAAAGUUUGGAACAAGAAAAGAAGGAAUUGAACAAUCAACUCAAACAAACCAAAUCUGAUAUGAACAAAUUGGAAAGAGAAAAGAUCUUGUUGGACAAUCAACUCAAACAAGAUAAGUCGGACAAGGAAAAGUUAGCAAAAGAAAAGGCUUCUUUGGAAGCUCAAUUGAAUAAGGUUGUUAAGAGUUCAGGAGAAGAAUCAUCCAAAAAGGCUGAGGAAUUAAGAUCUGAAUUGGAAAAGAAGAAACAAGAAUAUGAUGCUUUAAUUGAAGAAGAAAGAGCUAAAGCCAUCAAGAAACAACAAGCUCUAGAAAAUGAAAUUAAACAACUCAAAGAGCUCAAGACCAAGUUAGAAGCUGAAGUUAAAGCAAUUAACACUAAGAAAGAAUCUGAUGAUUACUUUUAA